CUUUUCUUUUAUAAUCACGGCGAAAAGGAACCGUGGAUUACGCAUGCGUAAUUAAUACUCAUUUCUUCAUCUUUUUUUUUUUUUUUUAACCCGGGCGUGACAGCCACUCCAGACACGCGUCACCUGCAGACCACACUGUGGGAUCAUCCCCACCCCAUCACAAGAUCAAAGCAACGCAGCACUUGUUAAAAUGUGAGUUGGAGGAGGCUGCCUGCAACAUACGUCCCCUUCCUCUAUACCAUGAGCUCUGGCUCUGCCCAGGAUGUGGCAGUCGAGCAUUUCCUGCGUGACAUAGAGCGGCGAAGCAAGCGGCUACACUGCGCUGUGAUAGGCUGCGAGGAGGAGCGACCCCGUAGCGACAUGAACCUGCUGUAUCGCAAGAGCCGUCUGGACUGGAGGCAGAGGGACCCGGAGGGGAGUAAAAAGAGCUCCACCCAAAGUGAAUCCUCAGCUACUGUCGGCAAAGUCCGGGACUUGGCCUCUUUUCGGCGGCAUUUCCGCAUGGGUUUCAUGACCAUGCCAGCCUCUCAAGACCUGUCACCUCACUCCUGUGCCUCGGCCAUGGCGCCACGCUCACAGUCCUGCCACGCUGUUGGGGCCGGGGAUACCAGUCUGGAGAAUGGGGAUUACUCCGACACCCAGUCCCAGCAUGGUGGUCGCUGUCCCCCGGCAAAACCCAAACGUCACCCCAGCACUCGCCUCAGCUCCACAUCCAGUGACAGCAGAGGACCACCAGAGACUCCACCUCCUCCACCACUCAGUCAUUCACAGGCCAAACACUCAGAGAAGAAAAAUGCCAUGAAGAAAUCUGAUUCUGGAGAGUCCGGAGCAAAGAAGGUGCCUCCUUUAAAACCUAAGAGAAGUCCCAGCACUCAGCUUUCCUUUGACCCUCUCCCUCCACGUGUGCCUCCUGCUGCCACUUCGCUGCCAUUUCAGGCGGCAGACAGUCAGAUUCAGACGGAUGGGGACGAUGAGCCAGUCUACAUAGAGAUGGUGGGACAAGUGUUCACGAGAGACAGCCAGACAGCCACACCCCACCCUGUCACCCCAGUGGCCACCACACCCGACUCUGACUCAGACCAGAGCGAGGCCAUUUAUGAGGAGAUGAAAUAUCCACUGCAGGAGGACAGAGAGUCUCAAAGACAGCUGCCUCCCAAACACGAGAAACUGAAAACCUCUAAACACUUCCACGGAGCUGCUUCCUCCUCCAGCAGCUCCUCGUCUCUGCCUCGGCCAUCUUCUUCUCCAUCCUACUCCAAACCGAAAGCUACGGUGUCCAUCUCUCACUCCUCUCCUCUUCCUUCCUCUGCCUCUUCCACCCCUGUUCCCCAGGCGCUCUCAUCCAGUCCCCACACCCCACGAGCUCCUACUCCAUAUCUGCUCCAAGGGAGCAAAUCAGAGCCUGAGUCCAACACGAAGAUCCCCGCUCCUUUUCCCAACCUCUUGCAGCACCGGCCUCCUCUGCUUGCCUUCCCACAGCCGGCGGCUGCGUCCAGUGGAGUUGGUGUGCAAAACAAGGUUUCUCAUUCUGCCAAACUGGGAACUCAAUCAUCCAGCGUGACAACUCAAGCCAACACCUCAUCUUCAUCAAUUCCUUCUUCGAAUGCCUCAGUAUCCCUAUCUGCUUCCAAGGAGUCAUCUGGCGGAAGUGCACCCCAGCAGGAAAAACACAACAGAGAUGCACAGUUUGGUCCCGCUCCAGGACUAAGAGCCAGGAGCCACUCCACUCCCCUGCCGCCCUCCUCCAAAUCCACAUCUCCCUUUUCCCAUCAUCACCACCAUCCUCAUCAUCGACCUUCACAUUAUCAUCACUACCGCAAGCCGGAGAGAGGAGAUUCUCCUGUUCCUACUAAGAGCAGCUCGCAGACUUCCAACCAGGCCACUGUCCAGACCCAAACCCAGAGUACGGGCAAAGAAAGCAAGUCUGUUAGCUUCCUCUUAAAGUCAGAUAAAGGAGAGCGAGAUAAAGACAGAGACCGAGAGAAGGACAGGGACAGGGACCGAGACAGGGACAGGGGUAGAGAUAGAGACAAGGAAAAAGACAAGGACAGAGAUAAAGACAGAGACAGGGAUAAAGAAAGGGAUUGGGAUAGAGACGGAGGCCCGCAUUCCUUACAGAUGGAUAUGACUGCAACCUGUAGCAGUCAGACAUCUCAAAGCAGCACCAGCUCAACUCCCACAACUUUAUCUUCAUCCCAGCGUCCUCAUUCUCGCCCCCAUCUCCGUUCCCACACGCCUCAUGGCCUGCCGGCAUACAAGCCGCCCUCCUCAGACAGCCCGCUGCUAUGGACCUACCCUUCAGGAGGCUUCAGGAGACCUCCAGCUUAUGAAAGCCUAAGAGGAAGCUCUCAGACACCUUCUCUGCAGCAGCCCUCCAGUCUUUCUGGUGUCGGUGAAGGGGCAUCUAAGAGUAACGGAGGGUCUGGCUCCCUCCAGUCGAAGGCUGGCUUCAUGCCCUGGGACAGCAGUGCCAGUUUAGGUGCGGAUGAGGGCCCUUACUGGCCAAUGCAGAGAAAAUUGUCUUUCAGUCACGGGAGCAGGGAGACUGAGAAGGAAGAAGGUCGUGCUUGGAAUGGCAGUGCCGAUGCCCUUUUGAAGAUGGACGAGGAACUCGGAAUGGGGUCUCGAGUAGGCCAAUCAGUCCACUUCGGCAGUGCCACCAGCAGGGGUCUCGGUCACAGUGAGUCACUGGCUGGUGUGGAUAGCAGUCCAGGAUUCAGAGCCUUGCCGAGAGUCGGGAUCCCACUCCCUUGCCAGACAUUUCCUGCGUGCCGUAAUGGAGAAGUGGGGCGGUUGGGCCGCUCCUCCUCUGCUGCUGGGGUGAGGCAGGUGGGUGGAGGAGACGUCCACAGACAGAGCAGUCUACCAGCACGAGAAGCCCUGAAUCAGCUGCACAGUCUGCCUCAGCUGCAGACGUCCUGCAGUCCCAGCGUGUCUCGGCAGCAGCAGCAGCUCCAGCUCCACCAGCAACAGCUGCAGUUGAAACAGCAACUCCAGCAGCUUCAGCAACAGCACCACCUCCAGUUGCAGUUCCAGCAACUUGCCCAGCUGGCACAGGGACAGUCUCCUGUCAGCGCAGGCAGUGGACCGUCCUCAACCCAGAGCCAGAGAGACGGCAAGCUGCUGGAAGUCAUUGAGCGUAAACGCUGCCUGUGCAAAGAGAUCAAGGCCCACAGGCGUCCUGACAAAAGCCUGUGCAAACAGGACAGCAUGCCCAUCCUGCCUAGCUGGAGACGGACACCUGAGCCUCGGAAGACAGGCACGCCACCCUGCCAGAGGCCGCAGGCCGUGGUGUGGGACACGGCCAUCUGAGGCAGAAACAACACACAGUGCUGAAGAAGUCAGUGAACCAGAGGUUAAAGUGUGGUUUAACAACUGGAGAACUGUAAUGAUUAAUGAACUUGUUAAAAACAAAAAUAAUGGUUGAUUAAAGGCGUGAAGAAAAAUAAGCAUUACAAUCAGACUUAAAUUCUUAGCCAGCUCAUUUGUACGAUGUCUUACUUGAUGUGUUCUAAUUGCCAAUGGUUUCUGCCACAAAAUGCCGCUAUUAUUGCCACAAAGUCACCAACCUAAAAGCAGAGGGUGUCCUAGUUUUUUUUCAAAGAUUAGUGUUGCCAAAAUUUACUCGCCGACUACCAGAGACAUACAGGAACAAUAAAAACUACUCUACAGGUGAGAAAAGACAAGACUCGUUGCUACGUUAUUGAAGUGUUUCUUGAAAUCGUGAAUGCUGUCAGAUGUCUUGGUAUCAAUAGAUUGUCUUUGUAGAUGCAAAUAAUCAUCAGUGAGGAAUUAAAGCUACCUACUCUAUUCCUUUGCAUAUUUGUAAUGUAAAAAUCUCUUUACUUUCUCAACGUUUCUGCAAUUUUAUAGCAAUACGCUCCGACGUCGGAGCGACAUAAUUCAAAACGUGCGUCAACUAGCCUAGCAUACAUAUCUACAACUUGAAUAAGUCAUACUUACUGUGUCAUUACCUGCAUGUCACACUAGACAUACAGUAUUGUAAAUGAAUAUGUGUAGAGAUGAUCGUGUCAGACUUUUACAUAUUUCACUAUGAUAGCGUGGUUCUAAUAUAAAAAAAAAGGUGUUGCUUGAGGUAUAAUGUGGGAUAAAUGGCACAACGCCGUGCAGUUCAGCCAAAUUAUCAGAGACACAAAUUCGUAGAAAAAUUGCCAUCACUCAUGCUUAAUUCACAGUUGCACAGUUGUUCGGUCACACGAAAACGAGCACUGACAUCCAACAAUGUGGUGCGACUGAACGGACUGUGAGCAUCGAUCACCUCAAACAGAAUGCUGGAACAAUCUGCACAAAACAUGGUAUACAGUAUGCUUAGGAGAAACCUACUGUAAAUAGAUAUGUACAACUGUAUUGAAAAUGUAGCAAUUAUUUCCAUUUUCAUACUUGUAAUCAAUUACAUAUUAUGUAGCAUAUACUGUAUAAACAUAACUUUGUUCACUUGUUUUUCUAAAAAAAGAAAAAAAAAAGAAAAUUAACUAUUUUAUCUGCUGCAGCCAGUCCAUGCAUUACUUAUAAUUCCACUAAUAAACAGGAAGCCCUUGAAAGAAAGGCCAACAGAUCUUCAUUUAAAUUUAUGCAAGACUCCCUUUAAGCAUUAUUUUAUUUUCACAUUUUUCUACAUUAGUUUUAUUUGUGUACAGAUUUCAACAUUUUUAAAUACUUUUGCUGCUAUCUUGAACUACUAGUGUUAUUCAUUCAGCUACAAGCUAUCACCACAAGUAACAAUAUGGAUAUAGUGGUUAUUGUUACAUAUUUUUAGUUUAUUUCCAAAAGCCACAUGAAAUGAAGUUUGUACCUUGCAGAGUGAGCCCUUCUGUAAAAGUAUUAAGGCACUUGAAUGUCUCCUGAUUGUUGUUGUUUUUGAAUUGUUAGCGCCAAACUCUACAGUACAGUACACCCAGUGAAAAGAUGACGUUUGUACAUGUUUUUUUGUUUGUUUUAUUUUAACCCCACCUGCUCGUGAUUGAGGGUUGACGGUUUUAAGAGUCCAGGUUGAGGGAAACGGGCGAGUGCAAUGCAUGCAGAGAUUCCUUACAUUGAAAACGUUCAAGUGUGGUUUUGACUAUUGUGCCCAAUUUAAUUCCAGAUACCAAGUAAUCACCUGACUAUGAUUCCUUUUCACUAAUAUCGAACCCUAGGUAUCAUUUCCAGGAUAGUUUACAGAAGCUGUUGGUUUUAUGUGUCUAUUAAAACAGUGGCCAUUAUAUGAGUGCCAUACUAUAUUGAUAUGGUAAGAUACGGUGUACCUUGGAAAUCACUGUAGUGCUAUAUUUGCAUUGAUAUUGUCAUUAUAAUAAAUUUUAUAUAAUGAACUUUACACAAGAAACA